CGGGUAGAAGCAUAUUUUAUUGGCAAAUGACGCGCAAAGUCUGAUCAAAAGAGCUAAUGUUGCCUCGAGACUACUUAACUAUAAGUGACCUUUCUGGCACGUGCCGUUCGGAGAAGCGCAGGAGUUAGGAGAUGAUUCGGGGACAAGGUUCGGGAAAGAGUCGGAUACUGCUAUUAUGUACAUCUCAUUGAUGGAUCUCGAUUGGAGUUAAAGGAGGAGAUUCUCUCACUCUGGUAAGAUCUAAGGAACCUUGAUCUUGGGAAACCAAGUGCCCUCCAGCUUGACCACUCACCACCGAUCUCACGCGGUGCCUCUCGCCGUACAUGCGUCGUCACUCUUGAACGAAGGCCCCCGCUUCUUGACGCCUUCGAGCAACCGCAGCCUUGAUUUUGAACUGAAGGUGUACCAUAUAGACCAUCUGGCCGCAAUAUGAUCAUCGCACGUCGAUUCUCCAUCACCAAUUUCGCAAUUGCGACCUCAGCGCUCUGCUUCCAAGUCUUUGUGCUAUACCCUUGGCACCAGAAGCUCGAAGACGAGUUCAAGGAUCUGAGACGUGAAUAUCUUGAAAAGAUACGCGAGAACGAACAGGCUCGGAUAAGGGAAUUGAAGGCAAUACGGGAUCUUCUCGGCAAAGCGCCUGAAUUAUAGAGCUUAGAAUCCAGCUAGAAGCAGACAGAUUAGAAGACAUAGAUAGGCGUCCUAAGACUACGGGAGCGUUCUACUAAGAUAACUAGAGCCGUUUUGUCCUGACUUUGUGAGUGUGAAGUAGCAAUGGUAUCACCUGCACAGAAUAGGCAGAGUGGCUGCACUUCUUCGCCUCGCUUGAGGAUGCAAAUGGACAAGAUUUGCGACGCACUCAGAUCUAAAUAUGCCAGAAUAGCAAUUUGAAAGGCAGUUCCAAAAAA